UUUGGCCACUAUCCAGACCCGGAUAUGAUGCGGCCGGUUGAAAGCCAAGCACAUUGUCCUCAAAGUGAGAGAGUGCUUGUUUCCUUUUCCUUUUCUUCUUUGGGUAAUUUACAUAUUCCCAAAAUACCCCUUCCAUCUGUCGCCCAUUCAAAUCUGUAAUUCCAUUUCGACCACCCUCUCUUUCUAGCUCCUUCCUGUAAACCAGAGCAAGGAAGCACUCUGUUCAGAAUAGAACUUUCCUUCGCUUCUUUCGUUCAUGGAGUUUCAGAGGCGCCAAGAUCAGAGCCUCUCCCAGCGCAAGGGCCAGAAGCGGAAGCUCGACGAGGAACACCACCACGAGCGGCAGAUCUCGCCGCCGCCGCCCACCGCCGUCGAGCGCGCGGCGCUCCUCUCCGACGUCGCCGAACAGGUGAGCAUCCUCGAGUCGACUUUCACGUGGAACGAAGCGGACCGAUCCGCGGCCAAGCGCGCCACUCACGCGCUCGCCGAUCUCGCGAAGAACGAGGAAGUGGUGAACGUGAUUGUUGAAGGAGGUGCGAUUCCGGCUUUAGUGAAGCAUCUUCAGGCGCCGCCUCUUAGUGACCGCGUCCAGAAGCCAUUGCCGUUCGAGCACGAGGUUGAGAAAGGGAGCGCUUUCGCACUAGGACUUCUCGCCGUCAAGCCAGAGCAUCAACAGCUCAUUGUUGACAGUGGCGCCUUAACACAUCUUGUUGAUCUUUUAAAGAGGCACAAGAAUGGCUUAACUUCUCGUGCAAUUAAUAGUCUCAUUAGAAGGGCUGCAGAUGCUAUUACUAAUCUUGCUCAUGAGAACAGCAGCAUUAAAACCCGUGUCAGGAUGGAAGGUGGAAUUCCACCACUUGUUCAUUUGCUUGAUUUCGCUGAUGCAAAGGUGCAAAGAGCAGCUGCUGGUGCUCUGCGAACCCUGGCUUUUAAAAAUGAUGAAAAUAAAAAUCAGAUUGUUGAUUGUGAUGCUCUUCCAACUUUGAUUUUAAUGCUACGUUCUGAAGAUGCUGCUGUUCAUUAUGAAGCGGUUGGUGUGAUUGGAAAUCUAGUCCACUCUUCACCUAAUAUAAAGAGAGAAGUUCUUCUUGCUGGAGCUUUACAGCCAGUUAUUGGAUUACUUAGUUCCUGCUGUUCUGAAAGCCAGAGAGAAGCAGCCUUGUUACUUGGACAAUUUGCAGCAACUGAUUCAGACUGCAAGGUUCACAUUGUACAGAGAGGUGCUGUUCGACCUUUGAUAGAGAUGCUUCAGUCUCCUGAUGUACAACUCAGGGAAAUGUCUGCUUUUGCGUUGGGGAGAUUGGCCCAGGACACACAUAACCAGGCUGGUAUUGCACACAAUGGUGGCUUAGUGCCGUUGCUCAAGCUUCUUGACUCAAAAAAUGGGUCUUUGCAACAUAAUGCUGCUUUUGCUCUUUAUGGCCUUGCAGAUAAUGAGGAUAAUGUGUCCGAUUUCAUUAGGGUAGGUGGAGUUCAGAGACUGCAGGAUGGAGAAUUUAUUGUUCAAGCAACUAAAGACUGUGUUGCCAAGACGUUGAAAAGAUUAGAGGAGAAGAUCCAUGACCGCGUGCUGAACCAUUUGUUAUAUCUUAUGCGAGUUUCAGAAAAGGGUUGUCAAAGACGAGUUGCUUUGGCUCUUGCACAUCUUUGUUCUGCAGAUGAUCAGAGACAAAUUUUUAUUGAUCACUAUGGUCUUGAGUUGCUUCUUGGGCUUCUUGGCUCAUCUAGCUCUAAGCAGCAACUUGAUGGUGCUGUGGCUUUAUGCAAGUUGGCCAAUAAAGCCUCAACCCUGUCUCCUGUGGAUGCUGCUCCUCCUUCUCCAACACCACAGGUCUAUUUAGGAGAGCAGUAUGUAAACAAUGCCACAUUGUCUGAUGUUACCUUUUUGGUUGAAGGCAAACGAUUUUAUGCUCAUAGGAUUUGUCUACUUGCAUCUUCAGAUGCAUUUCGUGCAAUGUUUGAUGGUGGUUACAGGGAGAAGGAGGCAAGAGACAUAGAGAUUCCAAAUAUUAGAUGGGAGGUUUUUGAGUUGAUGAUGAGAUUUGUAUAUUGUGGAUCAGUUGAUGUCACUCUGGAUAUUGCUCAGGAUCUUCUUCGAGCAGCUGAUCAAUAUCUUUUGGAAGGACUUAAGAGACUCUGUGAGUACACAAUUGCACAGGAUAUAUCGUUAGAGAAUGUGUCAAGUAUGUAUGAACUUUCAGAAGCCUUCAAUGCAAUAUCAUUGAAGCAUGCAUGCAUCCUUUUUAUCUUGGAGCAAUUUGAUAAAUUGAGUGCAAGGCCAGGGCACUCUCUUCUGAUUCAGCGAAUAAUACCAGAGAUCCGCAAUUACUUUGUUCAAACUCUGUAAAAGGCCAACAACUCCCAUAACAACCGACUGUAGUAUGCAUCCAUUCUAUUCUUGACCUCUAACCAAUUGUGUUGUACAGAAUGUAGAUGAUGUUAUUUCUUUUGUUGAACCAGAAGGGGAUAGCUUGGCCAAAAGAAAUAUCUAACGCCUAAGUCAUACUUCUCUUUUUAAAUGAGGUGUAAGCCCCUUUCUGUCUGUAAUGUCAUUAUCAUAGAUAUAGCAAAUAUGACCUUCACGAACAUUUUUUUUUCUUGCAAUGUGAUAGUGACUUGACAGUUCUCUCAGAUGACUACGUGAGGAAAUUACCAUUGUUGACUUCAUGACUAUAGGUGUGAAUAUUGUUUCCCGAAUGUAUAUAUGGCGAAAAGUUGGUUUUCUGCAAGGAAAUUGAGCUGCUGUGAUAACUUCCGCCGGACCAUUAAAUCCUGUCAUAUGACAUGGAAAUCUGUUGUAAAUUAUUGUUGCAAUUACUUCAUUUAAAUAUUCGGAUGUCCGAAGGCAUGCUUCUGACGCUGCUCAAAAUUUUACUAUAUUAUGCAUAUAGUCCAGCAACAAGAGUUUUUGAUUUAUGAUUGAAAAGAAAUAAUUAGUUGAUGGCAGAAACUGGAAGUGUCAUAUGUAUACAGUUAGCUUUGAUCUAAUUAUCGUAACUGACUAGUGAUUAAGCUGCAAACCCUAAUUGACUUCUUACUAACCGUAAAAGCAUGUGUAUCACAUCAACGCUCGACAAUGGCCAACAGAGAUGUUCGGUGCUUGCAUAAUCCAAGCAUGAAGAUUGAAGAGUCCUCUGAUGCCUUGCACCGGGGGAAGGUACCCAGCCCGACUUCGGAAGGAAUUAUUGAAACGCUGAAGCCAGAAGAUGGUAAAGAUAGUCUGUUGGACAAAAAUAGUUGGCAUAAAAUGUUUAUAGACCUAGAAGUGUUGGAUAAAAGCAGUUAAGUUAAAAGUAAACGAUAGCUGUUCGAUAAUAAGUGUUGUGUGUGAAAAAAAUGUUUUAAAAUAAUUGUUUUGUUAAUUUUUUAA